UAGAUUUUCGGUAUUGUCAGUGAAUUUCGGAACGUAGCUCUAGAAAGAAUAGGCAAAGGGAGCUACACACGUGAAGAUAGUCGUUGAUCGUCAUCGUCCUCACGUGUUAGUAUUUAUUCAAUGAAUCAGUUCUGGUAGGUUAAAUUUGCAAAAUAUCUUACGAGUUUUGUAAAAUGGGUAAGACAACGCAAAAGUUAUCGAACAAGAAUGAAGUUCUAAAACUGAAACGAAGAUAUCGCAGGAAAGAUCUCGACGAAAUACACUCGAGGAUCUCAAAGACUAAGAGGAAGUCGGAUAAUGAGACAGAAAAGUGCAAUAAAGAUUGGAGCAGCAAGCAGAAGUUGUCAAAAAAUUCUAAAAAGUAUACAAGACCAGAUAAUGAGGAAGAAAAGUGCAGUGAAAAUAGACGCAGCAAACAGAAGUCAUUAAAAAAUUACAAGUAUAUAAAACCAUUACAUGCAGGCAUAUUCAGAAACGGCACAAAGGGUAAAAAUGUCAAGAAAGGAGUAUUACACGAGAAUGUGGUCUCUAAAGCCAGAUUAGCGGGAGAUAUGUUGAAACUUUUUGAUGGAGAAUCAGAAACAAUAUGUAUAUCAAAAAGUGCACCAGAAAAUGAAUCUACUAAUCAGUUGUCUAAUAAGGAGUUAACAAAAAAUUAUUCAAGAAGGACGCAACAUACUCUAAAAGAAAGUCCUGUGUUAGGAAAGAACCAAAGAAAAAAUCGAACGAAAUGUUUGAAAACUGUUUCGGAGACGAAUAAGGAGGCAGAAAUUGUAUUUGAACCAAUUGAUAUUCCUGAAGUUGUUAUCGACCAAAAUUUUGACACGGAAAAAACGAUAAAGGAAAAGGAAAGGAGUGAAAAGGAAAAAGAAGCAACACAUUCAGAGCAUAUUACAUCUUACAAUCAGAGUCUUUAUAAUAGUUACACAAAACUAUGCGCAAGAGUGUGUGACGAAUAUAAAAAUGUGCUGAAAAAUGUAGAAAGUCCUCUUUCGGUGGCGCAAAGAAAGCUAAAAAAGAUUUUAGUUUCUCUUCAAACAGAACAUACACAGCAUAAUGAAACAGUCGAAGAAUCGCCAAAUUCAAAAUCAUUCAUGUCAUCAUCUAUAUCGGGAUAUCAGGCUUGCACAUCCUCUAGGGAUAUACUGUCAUCAACCGCCUUAUUUUUGAAGAAUCAAAACGCUAUGAGCUAUCCUUCAAAAAGUAAUCAACAUAAUAAAAAGGGCCUCAAUUUCAGCAUUGACCGGAUAUUGUCCAUAAAUUCGAAUUUAUGGCGCGACGAAAAAUGUUCCGAUAUCACAAACGUCCAUAAUAAUAAUUCUAAAUUGCCACUGAAAAAACGAUUUUUAACAACUACACCACGUGAAGAGCUGCCAACGCAGCUCGAUGACAAAGAAAUUAUUGUUGACUGUAAUAUAUCGAAUAAUAUAUUUCAAAAAUAUUCAAAAGAAAUAGAUAUAUCCGGAUCACCUAGCAAAAAGUUUUGUGAGACAGAUUUUGUGAACAUGUUCCAAAAUCUUCCGACGCCUAGCACAGUUAACCGACAACUUUAUCGAUUAAAAGAACUAGAAUCUCGAAAUAAACAGCCGAAAAAAUCCAGAGAAUCUGCUAAUCCGUACAAUGAUGUUUCGAGCAGAGAACACGAAGCUGUUCAAUUCCGCAACCGUGUGCGUUCGCAAAAUCCUCUUGAAGUUUUGUCUUCAGCGGCUGCAUUUAUCGAGACUGGACAUCUACCGCGGAAAGUAGCUGGAAAUUUAUCCACGGAUAGAUACAUUCCUACUUCUUCAAAUUGGUAUGACUUGUUUAACCAGCAGCCUUCACAGUUGUGCUGUUCACAAAAUGCUGGCCCUUCCAACCUCAACAUAGAACCUGCGAAACAAAGACACUGUACAAGUCAAAACUCAAAUUGCUGCGAAGAAAAACAUAUUUAUCACAAUUAUCCUAAUUGCUCGCACGAAUAUAACAUUUCACAAGCACAUCAGAAUAGCGCAGACACAACAAUACGAACAACAGUGACACCCGGAUAUUCGUAUUUGCCGGUGCAUUACAGUAGUAUCGCAAAUAAUUACGUUAGUCUACCAACCAACAUGGGACACACACGAAUAUUACCGUUGAUACCAAAUCAUGAUACGUACCCACAACAGAUUGAUGAUCAUCAACGCAUAAUAUGCUUACAGAAUUAUAUUCAACCUGCAAAAUAUUUUGCUUUGGAUAACGGUACCAAUGUCCACAAAAUACCACUAUAUGUAAAAGACAGUAUAUGUCAAUGCCAGGAUUGUAAACACAAAAGUAUUUGCCUACACUGACCCACAAUAGUAUUUUGCAAUAAACUCGAGAAAAAGAAUGCUCGAAUGCACAUGUUAACUGCGAAAUGUCAUGGCGCAAAGAAUAUCGUUGCAAAAAAGCCUGUAUGAAAUUAAUCGCGAAUUUUUUUUCAAUUUCGUAUUUUUAUUAAUGAUAUUUUUUGUGUAUAAACUCUCUAUACUUUAUAUAUACUAAUUAUUUCUUAUCAAAUGGGCAUUGUGUUAUAUGUUAUGUUGUUCUUAGUAACUUAAAACGUUAUUGAAAAAGAAACAAUUUUUGCUAACUGUAUAUUUCACGAAUUUAGAGGUCAUUAUAUCAUCAUUGUGUUGUAUUGUGCUGUAUAUUGUAUUGUUUUAACUUGUAUCAUAAACAUACGAAUCCAAUAACUUAGACAAUAUUCAAGAAAAUAAACACAAUUAUUCUAAUUUUAUACUUUUCCUCAAUUAAACUUAUAUAGAUACAUAUAUUUUUUUAUAGAUUAGUACUCACUCGUGCCGCGUUAUAUUUUGGAUAAUCUUAGUAUCUUCCAUUUUUUUUUAAACAAAUACUAAAUAAAUAAAAAAUAAAUAAAUAAUUAUUUCUCCUAAUUAUGUUUUUCUAUAAAAUGUCACCACUAGGAUUCGUAAAAAUAAAAAAUGAUAUAUGAUCAUACAUCAUUCGUAUUCAUUGUGCUCAUAUUGUAUUGCUAAUUUUAAAUUGUACAACCAAUUCUGUUGCAAAGAACAAUAUUUCGGCGACAUUUCAUUAAAACAAAUUUGUAAACUCUUAAAACAUAAUCCAACACAACAUUAGAGAGAAUUAAAAAAUAUUGAAUUUUAAUAUCACCCUCAAUCUCAAGAAUUGGUCAACUUUUAAAAUAUAUUUAUUAUCUUUUUUUUUUUAUAAAACUUUAAUUUUUUUUUCUAUUUUUCAGCAUAAUAUAACACAGUACAACUUGUAGAAAUUUAGUAAAUUGUAAGAUUUAUUAUUCUAUAUUUUAAGCAUUGUAAGAUUUAUUAUUCUAUAUUUGUUAUAUGAUUUUUCCUAUUAACUACAUAAAAAAAGAUCGAGAUUCUAAUGGCAUAACGCAACAUAAAUUAAAUACUCUAUAGAAAAAAGUGCAGUUAAUUUGGAGAAAGUAUAAUUGUAAUUUUGCUUAUUUUCUUCAAUAUUAUUUGGAUUAUUGACCUUUGCGAUCAAAUCAGCACAAUAAGAAAGAACUCAAAAUUCUAAAUAUACAGAGAUAGCAAAUAUUCUUUUUUUUCUGUAAUGUGUUUUAUGUUACUGAAUUAGGAUUUAUGGCACAAAUGCAUAACACUGUCGCAUAAAUAAAAAUACACAAUUUAGAAAAUACGGAGCUAAUUUCACACAGAUUGCAAACGAAUGACUUACUUCUUGACAAUGUCGCGAUAUAGGACGAGCGAUCAAUAUUUAUUAUAAACCUGUCAAAUGUAGGACAUUUAGGUUUCAUGAAAUCGAUUCCGUUAUAUUCGAAUAUAUAAUUUAACAUAUGGUAUUGUCAAAGUCGAACAUAAGAAUGGCUGAAUAUUUGUAAACAAUUUGUGGACAUCACUAAGUAAAUCACACAACGAUAAAUGAGCCUCUUGGAAACUUAAUACCAAAAUACUAAAUUAAUGCUUAACUUUCCGACAUUAAGAAAUUUGCGAAGUUAAUCAUUUUCUAAGAAACUAACAAGAGAAUAAUAAUAAUAAUAUGUAAUAAUUAUUAUAAUAUUAUUAGAAUUUUUAAUCAUAUAAUAUAAUUUUCGAAAAAUAAUUCAGAUAGAGAAACAAAAUAUAUAAAUUUCUCAAACAGUAUGACGAUAGCAGAGUGCUAAUGAUAUUAUCAAUGAUGUUAUUAAAAUUUAUUAUUUGACAUACAAGUUUUCUCAUGUACUACUUGAAACAUUUGUAUGUCACUCGUAAUAAAUUCUCUCGAUAUAAUUUAUUUUACAAAAGUAGAGCCUCUAAUAUAAGAGAGAAUAUAGUUUUCUAAGUGUCUUAUGCCCGAUAUUCAAAGAGUAUAUAUUUUUUUAUUUAAUCGUUUAUUGUAAAUCGUCAAUUGUAAAACGUACUUUUCUAGUAUUAGGUAUUAAUAUUUUGACGAAUAGAGAGAAUGUUUGAUUUGGUAUGGAAAAUGAAAGUACAAAACUGCCUGUGAUACUUGGUAUAUGUAUGUAUUAUUAUGUUAAAUCGAUUAUGACCGCUAAGUCAUAAUUCUCAAACAUCGAAUGUCAAGGUUUAACAUAGGAGAAAUUCAUUUUUGUUACUCUCACAGCGAUAGUUAAUUGUUACAUGUAUUUAAGAAUCUUUGAAUAAGUGUGAUUAAGGCUUGUAAAUAAAUGCCGCAGAACGCAAAUAUA